AUGUCCAUGCAUGAUGGUCGGAACCUCAGCGUGGCGGCGAACUUCUUUUCGCAGAUGAAUGUGUUUCAUGUUCAUGAUGAGAACAGAGCACGUCUCAGGACGGAGCUAAGUUUCCUAGAGAUUGAAGCGGAGAGAAGGCACACACUGGCCAUGGAAGAACAGGCCCGUGCAAAUGAACAAGGUGUUUCGAAUCUUGAGGAACUCGCCGAAAGAGUACAUGCUACUCGAAUGGCAUCGUGUGAAGAGCGAUUCGCAAGGUUCGAGCAUCGGUCAGCCACCAGGGAACUUGGACUUAUCGAAGAGCUUGACGAAAUGCAAGCCCGAUUUGCAAGCAUUGAGCAAAACGUUUCACAAUCAGAGGCGCUUCUCGCUCAAAGGAUGCAAGAGCAGUAUCAUCAACAACUCAACAGUUUUGCUGCACAACAAUCGCAGUUCUUCCUCUCGGAGUUCGAAGAAAACUUCCAGGUCUACCAAAGAACCGAAAGGGAAGAAUUCGAUGCGAUGCUGGAUGCUGCGAGAGAACAGCAAGACGAGAUUGAGGACAAGCUGUUGGCCACCGAAAGGGCACUAAGGACCCACUGCAGGACCCUUGACGACCCCUCCAGGUCUAGGAAAUCCUGCAGCACCCGUAACCGGGAUGCCGGCCACUGGUCUGACCUCAGAAACACUGCUCGCUACUCAGGUAAAAUACAGCGUGUCUGUACUUUCUGGAAGAAAGGGAAGUGCAACAAGGGCGAGAACUGUCGCUUUCUCCACCAGGAGAAGUCAGCCGCAGCUGCGAAAGCUAAGGCGGCUGCCGCCACCCCUGACACAUGGGAGGUCGACUUCAAGGGUGGAGUGUUAAUCAGACACCAUCGCGUGGAGAGAACAGGCAAGUCUACUUUCAAGAUAGAGCCACUGAAGGUCACCUUCUGUGAAGAACCUGUCAUGAAGGCCAUUCCUGUUGAAGGCGAUGGUUUCAGGCACAUCAGGAGGAAACGUCGUUUCAGCGUGGCUUACGCCAACGCCGAGGACUGCCCCAAGCCGAGCAUGAAAGAACAGAAUCGUGCCAGGAUCGAAGCUAAGCAACUUGAGGCAUUGGUGAUCAGCAUGAUGAACGAUGUACCUACCAAGUGUGGUUACAUGUGUGAAGACCUGACAUGUGAGUCAUGCGAACGCACCCCCGCACCUGCCUGCUCAGGCAUAGUGCCCGGCCUAGAGUUCCUAGCUGACACUGGUAGCGAAGAAGACCUCAUUAGCAAGGAGGAUCUUAGGAUUCACUAUCCGAGCGUCGAGGUCAAAACUGCAUCAAGACCUGUGAGUCUAAUCACAGCGAACGGCCCAGUACUUGGGGAUCAAUCUGUCAAAGUCGAUAUCCCUGAACUGAGCCUCCCAGUUGAAUGUUAUCUACUGGAAAGCACUCCUCCCGUUUGCUCCGUCGGGCGAAGAUGCAUGGACGAGGGUUAUGACUUCCACUGGCAUGCGGGGAAGGUCCCUUUCUUUGUCACUCCCGACGGCAGGAAGCUGAAGUGCAAACUCAAAGGCAGGGUCCCUGUGAUCGCAGAAGGCUCUGUUGCCACUCCAGCUAUCGAAGAGGUCCGCGAUGCAAUUUCCAAGGUGCCGCCGAUCGCCAUUUCCAAAGAACAGCUAAGCAAAACGGGCGAAUGGUCCAAGAUCGAGGACAAGGUCGACAUGAGAGAGCUACCGCAAAAGGUUGCUAAGUUCGAAGAGCCGACCAUCCUUUCAAUAUCGAUCUUCGAAAGACCGCCUGACAAUCCCGAACCUGAACCUGAUAGUGAUCACGACGAAGCGCCCGAUGACGUAGGAGGUGAACUUACCUUCCCUCUUGCUAGCCCUAUCGAAGACAAAGGACCUCCGUCGCUUGAUGAUCAGAAUUGUUUUGAGCAGCACAAGUCUACUGACCUCAACGAAGAUGAUCUCAUCGAACAGCUUUUUGCCGACUACGUCCCUGAAGGAGAAGAGGACCCGUUGGAUGAGCUCGAUCGGAGAUGCGCCGAAAUCGAUGCUAGGGAGAAGGAAAACAAGGUACCACAGGGGUACAAUUGGGAUGGUGUGAGACUUGUCCGAAACAGGACCCAGCGUGAGGCCGACAUCGAAAGGGUCCAGGAACCUCAUCGCGAGAAGCUCAGCCGCUUGUAUUUUGAUAAGCUCUGUGAGGUCGCUCAGCUCCAGUACGCACUUGUUGCUAGAGUUGUAUCACAAAAGGAGAUCAACAGCAACAUUGAUGCCCAAGCUGCACUUGACAAAGAGUGGCAGAAACUUGUUGAUAAGCAGUGCUGGUUGUCCGAGAAGGUUCGUGAGUACUCCGAUGUUGCUAGUGAAGCCCAGAAGAAAGGGGUGAAAGCACAUUUUGGCAGGAUCUUUGAGAUUUGCAGCCUUAAGGGAUCCGAACUACCGGAAGGGCACCCAGAUCGCAAGUGGAAGGGUCGAAGCGUAUUCCAGGGCAACCGGGUUUCCGACGAACACAACGAUCAUGCUAUCUUUGCAGAACUCGGAUCUAGCCCCGCUAGCAUGGAGGCCGCAAAGGUGAUUGACGUUUUCGGAAGUCAGCCCGGCUACAGCAAGCAGCAGGCUGCCUAG